UCGCAGUUCGCUAUGACACAAUGAACUUUGAUCCAGAGCCGGGCGUGAAUCUACUAUAGUAGGAGCAGUAUACAGACCCCUGCUCCUUCGACCCCAAACGUAGUUCCCUGCUGUCGGAGUUGCUGAUGCUGCACAAGGACUGAAUUUCAGCCGAGUAACAGAGAGAGGGAUAGAAAGUGCCAGAAAGCGAGAGAGGGCCUGCUGCAGCGAUGGAGGACUUCUGGCUGGUGGCCUUCUGGUUGGUGAAGGUGUGGUGGUGCCUCGUCCUGGCUCUCAUCAUGGUCCCGGCCAUGUUCGGCUUCUCCCUGGGCAUCUCUGAGACCUACAUGGACAUCCUCAUCAAAAUGCUGGAGUGGGCCACUCUGAGACUACAGAAGGAGAACAGGGAGCAACAGAUGAUCCAGGCAUCGCCAUCCAGCAGUUUGAUCCAGAGACAUAAUGGUUCCAUGGAGAAGGAACUGGGGGAGUUGAGACUCAGUCGCCCCAAAUCAACACUAGGGGGCGACUUCACCCUGAGCGACUGUUUCUACUUCGGGCGUCGAGGGAUCGAAAGCAUUGUUGAAGAUGAGGUGACCCAGCGCUUCACCUCGGAGGAGCUGGUGUCGUGGAACUUGCUGACGCGGACCAACAUUGACUUCCACUACAUCAGCCUGAAACUGACUGUGGUCUGGGGCCUGGGGGUGUUCAUCCGAUACUGCAUCCUCGCCCCUCUCAGGAUCACGCUGGCGACCAUCGGUCUAACAUGGCUGGUGAUCGGUACCUCUACUGUGGGUCUGAUGCCAAACUGCAGACUAAAGUUCUUCCUGAGUGAGUGGGCUCAUAUAAUGUGCUACAGGAUCUGUGCCAGAGGUUUGUCAGCCACUAUCCACUACCACAACAAAGAAAACCGCCCCAAAAAGGGAGGAAUCUGUGUAGCCAAUCAUACGUCACCGAUCGACAUCGUCAUCCUCUGUAACGACGGUUGCUAUGCCAUGGUGGGUCAGGUUCAUGGAGGUCUCAUCGGCGUGUUGCAGCGAGCCAUGGUGCGCUCCUGCCCUCACAUCUGGUUUGAGAGAGCCGAGAUGAAAGAUCGCCACCUAGUGUCCAAGAGGCUGAAGGACCACGUCAACGACAAGACCAAGCUGCCCAUCCUGAUCUUCCCAGAGGGAACCUGUGUCAACAACACGUCAGUCAUGAUGUUUAAAAAAGGGAGCUUUGAAAUCGGUGGAACCAUUUAUCCUGUGGCUAUCAAGUACGACCUACAGUUUGGUGAUGCAUUCUGGAACAGCAGUAAGUACAACAUGAUCAGCUAUCUGCUGCGGAUGAUGACCAGCUGGGCCAUCGUCUGCAACGUUUGGUACCUGCCUGCCAUGCACCAACAGGAGGGGGAAGAUGCUGUGCAGUUUGCCAACAGAGUGAAGUCUGCCAUCGCUCACAAGGGAGGCCUGGUGGACCUGUCCUGGGAUGGAGGACUAAAGAGGGCCAAGGUGAAGGACACGUUUAAGGAGGAGCAGCAGAAGCAGUACUGUAACAUGGUGCUGGGAUCAGAAGACAGCAGCAGCGACUGACACACACACGCACUCUAUCACCUCUCCUUUCUGUGUGGAAGUGGCCGACCAUUCUGUUGGAUCCAAAACGACAGGAAAUGACAUCCCACUUUUAAGGGAAAUGACAUCACGCUGUGCGGACAAGUGCAGCUAAUCUUGACGAGAGGCGGAGCCACCAGAAGAGGACGUGUGUUUGGCUCAUAAAGCACUGCAUUAAUUCAGCGAAUGACUGGAUGUCUCAGGGUGUUAUCAGACGAUGGAUAUCAAAUCUGUAAUUACGUUUGUCUCAGUUUGAUGAGAAAGAUCCAAUGUUUACCAUGUUUUUUGUUGUUGUUGAUCAUGUGCUGCUACUGACCAUUCACAGUUUCUCCUGAUCAGUCUGAUCAGCCCGCUAAUUGUCUUG